AUGGUCAACAUAUUCCAACGCCUCACUCGACGGCGAGCCCAAAGCUCCAACAGUAACCCACCCGAGUUAGACGCAGAUACUGCGGGCCCCAAUUCCGCAGCAUCCCAUCCGCACGGAAUACAUCGAACAGUGAGCACGAGUUCCGGCAAACGUAGCUGGCGGUACGAAGAGCCAGCGCCCCGGCAUUUACUUCUCAUCUCCGAUACAGUGGAGUUUGAUACCCACGUAGUCCACCGCUUCCAGGCAGAAGGAUUUGAUGUGAUCUAUAUCCCCUUCCUCGGCAGCGGAAAUGAAGAAAAGGAUGCAAAAGCGCUGAAGAAUGCGGUGCACGAGAAAGAAGACGACCUCGAGAAUGGAGAACGAUAUGCGAUAGUCGCAUACCACCGACCCGCCUACCUCCUCCUAUCCCUACACCACACAGUAUCCAGCCAUACAAACCCAUUCCCACACCUAUGCGCCUUGAUAACCUACUACCCCCUCUCCUCAACAGACCAAUUCACCUACAAGCAAAAAGAAAACUGCUCGCCGCCAGGCUGCUCAGACACAGGCUCAAUCUUUGGCCCAUCGUCCAAGUCAACAUAUCUCCCAAUCCAAAUCCACAUCCCAGGCCCACGAGUCCAGGCAUGCGCGCUAUGGCCAUGGAUCGAGCUCAGUGCCGCAGAAGGCGACGUCACAUACAAGAAAAAACACCGUUGCUACGUGUACACGUACCCAGGGUCCAGGGCUGGGUUCGCGGAGCGGGAAGUCGCCGAAGAGAAAGAAGGCGAAGUGGAUGUGGACUUUAGCGCAGAUGACGAGAUCAGCUCACAGUUGGCGUGGAGUCGUGCGCUGGGGUGUCUGCGGCGCUCGUUUAAUGUCGGGGGGCACUGGGCUGUUAUUGAUAUCGAGACUGUUUGGGAAGAGUACUGGGACCGUGUGAUUGGUGAGAUGGAGAUGCGGAAACGGAAUCAAGCUUCUGCUUCUGCUUCUGACCCGGCGGUGGAAAUGUUGACUGGUCAUGGCCAUUAUGGUGAGAUGGGGUGUCCCGCUGGUGAGGUUUUUGUGAAGUGUAUUCCUACCGACGCUGGGGGCUCUGAUAUCUCGAGCCUGAGGGAUUUCUUCGCUCAUGCGUAUUUUCCUACUGGACCGGUUGAUCAGCAUAUCCGCCUCUUGUCGCGCACUGUGGGUGCGGAUCGAAUCGUGGAUGAGAUGUUGUUUGCUUGUCGGCAUACUGCUGAGGUUCCGUGGCUGUUACCUGGUGUUUCACCGACGGAUCGAGAGAUCAAAGUCAUUAUCGUUGUGGUGGCAAGCUUCAGUGCCGGCCAGAUCACACGCCAGAGUCUUUAUUGGGAUCAGGCCGGUGUGCUUGUGCAGGUUGGAUUGUUGGAUCCGGGACUUGUGCCGUCAUCAAAAGCUGUCAGAAGCUAUUAA